AUGAUGGGUGCUUUGUCGUUCUCGAUAUUGCUUCUCUCUUUUAUAGCUGCAAUAGCCGGCAUUUUAUCCUUUUACAGAGAUGAUGCACUGUUUUUGAUCUGUGAGCGGUUCACCAGAAGAUGUAACAAGAGCCGUAAUACUUGGAUAUCGCCACAUUAUCCCAGCUGGAAUUCGUGGCUUGACCCACCUCAUAGCUCUUUUCAUGAAAGGCCAUCGCCGUUGAAAAAUGAUGGCUGGAACCUCCACUACCAUCUCGGCGGCUACGGCCCUUGGGUUGAGAAACUGGACGGCCCUGUACAGGGACUCGAAGUUCCAGCGGGGUGUCGCGUGGAUCAGGUGCAUAUGAUGGCACGGCACGGGGAGAGAUAUCCCACACGAAACGCAGGAAACCGUCACCUCGCUCUUCUCAACAGAAUCAAAGAGGCCAACGUGGUUCUCAAUGGCUCGUUGUCAUUCCUGAACGACUGGGAAUACAUCACGAGCACCCCAGAUGAAGACUUUGACCAGUUGACUCGGACUGGUCCCUACUCUGGUACUCUUGGGGGGUUCACUACAGGUGUUCGGCUCUCUACACGGUAUCAGCAUCUCAUUCCAGCGGACUCGAGGGUCCGAUUCUGGGCAAGCGACUGCCAGCGCGUGAUUGAGACGGCAAAGUACUUUGCGUAUGGACUGUUUGGGCUGGAUUGGGAAAGCAGCGGGAAAGCUGAGCUCGAGAUCAUCCCCGAGACAUUAGACCGACGCGCGAACACACUGACUCCGGGAGAUACUUGUUUAAAAUACCUUGAAGACACGGAGGAUGGCCACGACAAGGGCAUGAAUACGCUUGCGCUUUUCCAGGAGACGUACGCACCCGCCAUAGCGGAGAACUUGAUAUCCAGGCAAGGCAACUCUGCCCUUGGGACCUUUACAAACAUGGAAAUCUUCAGCAUGCAAGAAAUGUGCGGAUUUGAGACGCUUGCGCGUGGAUCAAGCCCCUGGUGCGAUGUAUCCACUCGCGAGGACUGGGAAAACUUCGAAUACGCGCGCGACUUGGUGCACUAUUACAGGGCAGGACCAGGGAAUAAGUAUGCCGGCGCAAUGGGAUGGCUCUGGUUGAAUGCCACAGCCACUCUUCUACAGAGGGGACCGGAAGCUGGGUCUUUGUUUUUCAGCUUUGUCCAUGACGGAGAUAUCGCCCCCUUCCUUGCGGCGCUGGAUAUAUUCAAGGAUCCAAAAUACGAUCCCGAGCUUCCAGUCACGCAUAAAGUCACAGAUCACAACUGGCGUACCUCCUCGGUGAUGCCAAUGGGAGGGCGCAUCAUUCUUGAACGUAUGACUUGUUCGCCAUUUAAUGAUGGCGCAGCGACCGGAAAACAGGAAUUCAUUCGGGUGAACAUAAACGACAAGAUCAUACCCCUGCCAUACUGUGAUUCUGGACCUGGAUCUUCCUGUCGCAUAGAGAAGUUCAUGGAGCAUGUGGCACGUAGAAAAGUGGAGGUUGGGAAUUUUGACGAGGUUUGUGGUUUGGAAGGGGAUGUUGGACAGAUUACAUUCUUACACCAGCUAUAG